AUGUCUGGGGACGCUAUCAUGGCGGAGUUUGGGGCCGCCGCACCCUUUCUGAGGAAGUCAGAAAAAGAGCGUCUGGAGGCUCAGACUCGACCUUUUGACAUAAAGCGGGAGUGUUUCGUACCCGACCCAGAGGUGGAAUAUGUCAAAGCCAAAGUGACCAGCAGAGAUGGUGGCAAAGCCACUGUGGAGACUGAGUUUGGAAAGACUGUCACUCUAAAGGAGGAGGAUAUCCACCCUCAGAACCCGCCAAAGUUCGAUAAAAUUGAGGACAUGGCGAUGUUCACCUUCCUCCAUGAACCCGCCGUGUUGUUUAACCUCAAAGAGCGUUAUGCCGCAUGGAUGAUCUAUACCUACUCUGGGCUCUUCUGUGUCACUGUCAACCCGUACAAAUGGCUGCCGGUCUACGAUCAAGCCGUGGUCAACGCCUACAGGGGGAAAAAGAGGAGUGAAGCCCCGCCACACAUCUACUCCAUUUCUGACAAUGCAUACCAGUACAUGCUGUCAGACAGAGAAAACCAGUCCAUCCUUAUUACCGGAGAAUCCGGAGCAGGAAAGACUGUGAACACAAAGAGAGUCAUUCAGUACUUUGCCAGCAUCGCAGCAGUUUCUGGAAAGAAGGACGCUGCCCAGGAGAAAAAGGGAACCCUGGAGGACCAAAUCAUCCAAGCUAACCCUGCCCUGGAGGCUUUUGGAAAUGCCAAGACCAUCAGGAAUGACAAUUCCUCCAGAUUUGGGAAAUUCAUUCGAAUCCACUUCGGUGUCAGUGGAAAAUUGGCCUCUGCUGACAUUGAGACAUAUCUGCUGGAGAAAUCUCGGGUCACUUUUCAGCUGAAGGCUGAAAGAGAUUAUCACAUCUUCUAUCAGAUUCUGUCUCAGAGGAAACCAGAGCUGCUGGAAAUGCUGCUCAUCACCAACAACCCCUACGACUACUCUUUCAUCUCCCAAGGAGAGACCACAGUGGCGUCCAUCGAUGAUGCUGAAGAGCUGUGUGCUACUGAUGAAGCAUUUGAUGUCCUGGGCUUCACCCAAGAGGAGAAGAAUGGUAUCUACAAGCUUACUGGAGCCAUCAUGCAUUAUGGGAACAUGAAAUUCAAGCAGAAGCAGCGAGAAGAGCAGGCAGAGCCAGACGGCACAGAGGACGUGGACAAAGCUGCUUAUCUGAUGGGUCUGAACUCUGCCGACCUUAUUAAAGGUCUGUGCCAUCCUAGAGUCAAAGUGGGCAACGAGUGGGUCACCAAAGGCCAAAAUGUGCAGCAGGUGUACUACUCCAUCGGUGCACUGUCCAAGUCUGUAUAUGAGAAAAUGUUCCUGUGGAUGGUCGUAAGAAUCAACCAAUCACUGGACACCAAGCAGCCACGGCAGUACUUUAUCGGGGUGCUGGACAUCGCUGGAUUUGAAAUCUUUGAUUUCAACACCUUUGAGCAACUUUGCAUCAACUUCACCAAUGAGAAGCUUCAGCAGUUCUUCAACCACCACAUGUUUGUGUUGGAACAAGAGGAAUACAAGAAAGAGGGCAUCGUGUGGGAAUUCAUUGACUUUGGCAUGGAUUUGGCAGCUUGCAUUGAGCUCAUUGAGAAGCCCAUGGGCAUCAUGUCCAUCCUUGAAGAGGAAUGCAUGUUCCCCAAAGCUAGCGAUGCCACCUUUAAAGCCAAACUGUACGAUAACCAUCUGGGGAAAAGUCCAAACUUCCAGAAGCCCAGGGUGGUCAAAGGAAAACCAGAGGCUCAUUUCUCCCUGGUUCACUACGCCGGCACCGUCGACUACAACAUCACUAACUGGCUGGUGAAGAACAAGGACCCUCUUAAUGAGACUGUGGUGGGACUGUAUCAGAAGUCCACGCUGAAGUUGCUGGCUGUGCUCUUUGCUGGGUACACUGGUGCAGAUUCAGGAAGUAAGGGAGGAGGAAAGGGAGGAAAGAAGAAAGGUUCUUCCUUCCAGACGGUGUCUGCUCUGCACAGGGAGAACUUGAACAAACUGAUGACCAACCUCAGAUCCACACACCCCCACUUCGUACGCUGCCUCAUCCCCAACGAAACGAAGACUCCAGGGGCCAUGGAGAACCCUUUAGUGAUGCAUCAGCUGCGCUGCAACGGCGUGCUGGAAGGCAUCAGGAUCUGCAGGAAGGGAUUCCCAAACAGGAUCCAGUAUGGAGACUUCAAACAGAGGUAUCGUAUCCUGAACCCCAAUGCCAUCCCUGAGGGACAGUUCAUCGACAACAAAAAGGCAGCAGAGAAACUUCUAGGCUCCCUGGACAUCGACCAUGAGCAGUACAAACUGGGACACACAAAGGUGUUCUUUAAAGCCGGUCUGCUCGGUGUUCUGGAGGAGAUGAGGGAUGAUCGACUCGCUCUUAUCAUCACUGGAAUUCAAGCAAGAUCCAGAGGGCUGCUGGCCAGGGUGGAGUUUCAGAAGAUUGUUGAACGCAGGGAUGCCUUACUAGUCAUCCAGUGGAACGUGCGUGCCUUUAUGGGGGUCAAGAAUUGGCCAUGGAUGAAGAUGUUCUUUAAGAUCAAACCGUUGCUGAAGUCAGCUGAGACUGAGAAAGAGAUGGCGAACAUGAAGGAGGAAUUUACAAAGCUUAAAGAUGCAUUUGCAAAGUCAGAGGCUCGCAAGAAAGAGCUGGAAGAAAAAAUGGUGACUCUUCUCCAAGAGAAGAAUGACCUCCAGCUCCAGGUCCAGUCGGAACAAGAUAACCUAGCAGACGCUGAGGAGCGCUGUGAGGGUCUGAUCAAGAGUAAGAUCCAGCUGGAGGCCAAAGUCAAAGAGCUGACGGAGAGGCUGGAGGACGAGGAGGAGAUGAACGCAGAACUGACGGCCAAGAAGAGGAAGCUGGAGGACGAGUGUUCAGAACUGAAGAAAGACAUUGACGAUCUGGAGCUGACACUGGCCAAAGUGGAGAAAGAGAAGCACGCCACUGAAAACAAGGUUAAAAACCUGACUGAGGAGAUGGCUGCUCUGGAAGAAAUCAUAGCUAAACUGACCAAAGAGAAGAAAGCUCUUCAGGAGGCUCAUCAGCAGACACUGGAUGACCUUCAGAGCGAGGAGGACAAAGUCAAUGCUCUGACCAAGGCCAAGGCCAAACUGGAGCAGCAAGUGGAUGACCUGGAAGGAUCUUUGGAGCAAGAGAAGAAAAUCCGGAUGGACCUGGAAAGAGCCAAAAGGAAACUAGAAGGAGACCUAAAGUUAACCCAAGAGAAUGUGAUGGAUCUGGAGAACGACAAGCAGCAGCUGGAGGAAAAACUCAAGAAGAAAGACUUUGAGAUCAGCCAGCAGCUGAGUAAGAUCGAGGACGAACAGGCAAUGGUGGCACAACUCCAGAAGAAACUGAAGGAGUUACAGGCUCGUAUUGAGGAGCUGGAGGAGGAGCUUGAAGCAGAGCGAGCAGCUCGAGCCAAAGUGGAGAAGCAGCGUGCCGACCUGGCCCGAGAGCUGGAGGAGAUCAGUGAACGCCUGGAGGAGGCUGGAGGAGCCACCGCUGCCCAGAUCGAGAUGAACAAGAAGAGGGAGGCGGAGUUCCAGAAGGUGCGGCGAGACCUCGAAGAGGCCACCCUCCAUCACGAAGCCACGGCAGCCACCCUGAGGAAGAAGAAUGCUGACAGCGUGGCUGACCUGGGUGAACAGAUCGACAACCUGCAGAGAGUCAAACAGAAGUUGGAGAAGGAAAAGAGUGAGCUGAGACUGGAGCUUGACGAUGUGGUCUCCAACAUGGAGCAGAUCGUCAAAGUUAAGGCCAAUCUAGAGAAAAUGUGCCGCACCCUGGAGGAUCAAAUGUCUGAAUUUAAAGCCAAAGCUGAGGAGGGCCAAAGAACCAUCAACGACUUCACCAUGCAGAGAGCCAAGCUCCAGACAGAGAACGGUGAGCUCACUCGGCAGAUGGAGGAGAAGGACUCUCUGGUGUCUCAACUGACCAGAGGGAAGCAGUCGUACACUCAGCAGAUUGAAGAUCUGAAGAGACAACUUGAGGAGGAAGUCAAGGCCAAGAACGCACUCGCCCACGCCGUGCAGUCUGCUCGCCAUGACUGUGAUCUCCUGAGAGAGCAGUUUGAGGAGGAGCAGGAGGCCAAAGGCGAGCUCCAGCGCAGCAUGUCCAAGGCUAACUCUGAGGUGGCUCAGUGGAGAACCAAGUACGAAACUGACGCCAUCCAGAGGACAGAGGAGCUGGAAGAGGCCAAGAAAAAGCUGGCUCAGCGUCUCCAGGAGGCAGAAGAAGCUGUGGAGGCAGCGAAUGCUAAAUGUUCAUCCCUGGAGAAAACCAAACACAGACUUCAGGGAGAGAUCGAAGACUUGAUGGUAGACGUGGAGCGGUCCAACGCUGCUGCUGCUGCCUUGGACAAGAAACAACGGAACUUUGAUAAGGUCUUGGCUGAGUGGAAGCAGAAGUAUGAGGAAUCCCAGACAGAGCUGGAGGGUUCCCAGAAAGAAUCCCGGUCACUGAGCACUGAGCUCUUCAAGCUGAAGAACUCCUACGAAGAAUCUCUGGAUCAUCUGGAGACCAUGAAACGAGAGAACAAGAACCUCCAAGAGGAAAUAUCCGACCUGACGGAGCAGCUUGGUGAGGGUGGGAAAAACAUUCAUGAGCUGGAGAAGAUCAGGAAGCAGCUGGAGCAAGAGAAGGCUGAGAUCCAGUCAGCUCUGGAGGAGGCUGAGGGUUCACUGGAACAUGAGGAGGGGAAGAUCCUGAGAGCUCAGCUGGAGUUCAACCAGGUGAAGGCCGACAUGGAGAGGAAGCUGACCGAGAAGGACGAGGAGAUGGAGCAAGCCAAAAGGAACCAUCAAAGAGUGACGGACACUUUGCAGAGCUCACUGGAGGCGGAGACUCGCAGCAGGAAUGAAGCUCUGCGGCUGAAAAAGAAGAUGGAGGGAGAUCUGAACGAGAUGGAGAUCCAGCUGAGUCAGGCCAACAGAAUGGCGGCCGAGGCUCAGAAACAGCUGAAGGGUCUCCACGGUCACCUGAAGGACUCUCAGCUGCAGCUGGAUGAUGCUCUGAGGGCCAACGAUGACCUGAAGGAGAACAUAGCCAUUGUGGAGCGCCGAAACAACCUGCUGCAGGCUGAACUGGAUGAGCUGCGAUCUCUGGUGGAGCAGACGGAGAGGGGCCGGAAACUGGCCGAGCAAGAGCUGCUGGAUGUCAGCGAAAGAGUCCAGCUGCUGCACUCUCAGAACACCAGCCUGCUGAACCAGAAGAAGAAGCUGGAGGGUGACUUGGCUCAGCUUCAAAAUGAAGUGGAGGAGGCGGUGCAGGAGUGCAGAAACGCAGAGGAGAAGGCCAAAAAGGCGGUGACAGAUGCCGCCAUGAUGGCCGAGGAGCUGAAGAAGGAGCAGGACACCAGCGCUCACCUGGAGAGAAUGAAGAAGAACAUGGAGCAAACCAUUAAAGACCUGCAGCAUCGUCUGGAUGAAGCUGAGCAGAUUGCACUGAAAGGAGGCAAGAAGCAAGUCCAAAAACUAGAAGCCAGGGUGAGAGAGCUGGAGAACGAGGUCGACAUGGAGCAGAGGAGGAGCAGCGAGUCAGUGAAAGGCGUCCGCAAGUACGAGAGACGCAUCAAAGAGCUUACCUAUCAGACCGAGGAGGAUAAGAAGAACCUGAGCCGUCUCCAGAACCUGGUGGACAAACUGCAGCUGAAGGUGAAAUCUUACAAACGAGCUGCAGAGGAAGCUGAGGAACAGUCGAAUGUGAACCUGGGCAAGUUAAGAAAGUUACAGCACGAGCUGGAAGAAGCUGAAGAGCGAGCUGACAUCGCCGAGUCUCAAGUUAACAAGCUGAGAGCCAAGAGCCGUGACUCUGGAGCCAAGAAAGCUCAUGAUGAGGAGUGA